AUGGAGCUGCCGGGGGCCCUGCCGCUCGGCGAGCUCGCGGCCGCCUUCGCCACCAUCCCCGUCUUCCCGCUCUUCGACCUCGCCUACUACAUCGUCUCCGUGCUCUACCUCAAGUACGAGCCAGGAGCUGUGGAGAUGUCUCGGAGAAGCCCGUUUGCCUCCUGGCUUUGUGCUAUGCUGCACUGCUUCGGAAGCUACAUACUUGCUGAUCUGCUGCUUGGAGAAUCCCCUCUUCAUUAUUUCAGCCAUCACUCCAGUGUUGUCCUGGCCACGGCGGUCUGGUACUUGAUGUUCUUCUGUCCCAUGAACCUCUUCUACAAGUGUGUCAGCUUCCUGCCGAUGAAGCUCGUCUUCGUGGCGAUGAAGGAGGUGGUCAGAGUCCGCAAAAUUGCAGCGGGGGUCCACCACGCUCACCACCACGGCUGCUUUGUUAUGAUGGCCACGGGAUGGGUCAAAGGUUCUGGUGUUGCUUUGAUGUCCAACUUUGAGCAACUUUUGCGUGGGGUCUGGAGGCCAGAAACGAAUGAAAUUCUUCAUAUGUCCUUCCCUACAAAGGCUAGUCUGUAUGGCACGUUCCUCUUCACUCUGCAACAGACUCACUGGCUCCCCAUCUCUGAAGCCAACCUUAUCUUUUUUUUCACCAUGUUCAUGAUAGUUUGCAAGGUUUUCAUGACCGCCACUCACUCUCACGCCUCACCUUUUGCUCCUAUUGAAGACUUCAUCUGCCCAGUUUUCUUUGGCUCCAUUGCUAGUGGACAUGCAGGUCAUCACCACGACCACCACGGGGCUUCGCAUGACGUCUCCCAUCCGCCACCUCCUCCUGCAAAGUCUAAAGAGGAGCUAAAUGAAGGCACAAGGAAAAGGAAAGCAAAAAAAGCCGAGUAAAAGAAACGACUGCACAGUAAAUAGGUCAAGAAAAUUCUUCCAGAGCUGCAUCUCGGAGCCACCUGUGACCUCAUUUAUCCUCCAGUCCUUUUCUCKGAGACUUCAGAGAAGAGGUGGAAGCCAGGACACUGCCAGGCAGGUCCCUGAAUUACAUCUGUGCUCUCUGCUGCUUCUUGCUACUCGGUCUGUCUCUCUAUUCUGUGCUUAUUUUAAGAGAUUUGUAGAUUUGUGCCAGGAUGAUACUCGGGUGCCAGUUCCCAAAUUGCCAGCAAUUAUGAUGCAGCGUUUUCAGCUGAUGUGAAACCUUUCACUGUAUUAAUUUUUGAAUGGAGAUAGUGGUUUGUGCUCCUGUAACUCAAUAGAUUCCUUUGAGUUUUCAAUGACCUUCUUGAAGUCUGCCAAAACAGCAAACUGUUUAGACACUAAUUCAUGUGGAAAUUGGAUUUUCCUACUCAAGGAAAUUAAAUCGUCUCAUAUGAACCUGAUCUAAUUUUCUUAGCUCCCCCGUCUGCAGUAUCUCCAGUUAAUGUGACAUUUUAUAUGCAAUAAGGACAUCAACUGGUGUCCUGGCCAAAUUCCACUUUGGGUAAUUGCCUUCUCAUCUAAAUUCUCCCUGAUUCUUAAUAGAUAUAACAUUAUAUAUUUCUUAGCUAAAUCUUUGUUUGCAAAGGCUUUGAAGCUGCAAAAUGCUCUAAGUGGUAUGUAUUGUUACUCCAAACUGUUGUGUAGUGUUGCUGCACAUUGUUAGCAAUUGUGUCCCACCUCAAACAUCACUGUCUUUAUCUGAGGAAGAAGCCUGGUUUAUGAUCCAGUGGGAUACAUGAAGUGUGUGUAAGUGUACAUGAGUAUUUAUUACUAUUUAUUUGUAUUUGUCAGGGUGCCAAAUUAAUGGACCCGAAAAUGGCUUUUUAAAAAAGCUUUGCAUCUUUGUGUACAGAAUUGAACACUUCUAAGUAAGGUCUUAAACCCACAGCUACGUGCUGGCUUGUGCUGGAGAUCAGCCUUAACUUCUUUCCUCGCCACAGAAAGGAGUAUUUUCCAUAUUCUUAAAAUAACAUUAAAAGGCCCAAAACGGGGAUUGUGCAACAAAUGGAUUAAAAUUACUUUUAAGGACUGAUAAGAGAACACCAGCUGAAGAAACAGUAUCCUUUGUAUGUCCCUUCUAGUAAAACUCUGACCUCUGGGAGGGGCUGUGCCUGGUGAAGGAGAAUAUCAAGUGUCUUACAAGGCUCAGGGAAGGCUUAGGAAUAUUGACUUUUAGACUUGUUUCAAACUGUUUGUAAUGAUUUUAUGUUUAAAAG